AUGCCUCUCAUCCUGAUAACGGAACCCCCUUCUGAAUCGCAGGUGAGCUGCGCCGUGGCCGUGGUAGUGGUCGUGCCGCCCGGUCUCCACGGGCACACCCAUCACAAUCUUCGCGCGCUCGGCGUCCGGGCCUCCGUGGGCCAUGUAUCCAAGUUCGUCGACGGCACAGUCGCCAGCGUUGUGCCCGCGGCUGGAAUCACCACACCGCUCCCGCCAAAAGCCUUGGACUCUCUGCUGCAAGAGAGGUCCUCGCACUCUAUCAUCUUGACGCUGUCCCGGAGCUCCUACUCCCUCAGGGAGAUCUUCGCCGGGGAAGUCUCUCUGGAACUUGCGGCCCUCGCAUCCUGGUACACCGCCUCCGAUGGUGCGAGACGGUACCUUGGUCUCAUGGCCUUGUCCGCGGCAGCGAUGACGUCUGGGUCGUACCACUUGUCCUCCGUUAGGAUGGCGUAG